AAAAGGGGGAAAAGUAAAGAGUUGGGAAAACAAUGGACCAAUGAACUUUGAGUCAACACCUGGCCAAACUUUCCACGUCAACGGAGCAAUUUUUCUUCCCGUGCGUCAACAAGGAUUUCUUUUUGUUGUUGUUGUUUUUUUUUUUUUUUGCGGGGAAAACGUCGCGAUCCCGAAGUGUGACAAGUUCUCCGCCAAGUUUUCUUCGUGGGGAUGUUGAGCUCCGUAAAGAUGGAAGCCCACGACCUGCCCGACUCAUGGAACCCAUUCUACAGCGAGGCCAGCGAGAUGUAUUCGUCGCCCAGCAGCAUGAACUCCGCCCUGGCGUCCAUGGGCUCCAUGGGGCCCCUCAACAGUUACAUCAACCUGAACCCGACGGGCGGCGGCGGGGGCGGUCUCAACAUGGCCUACCCGGGCCCGGGCCUCAGCACGUCGCCGCUCGCCUCGGUGGGCUCGGGCCCGGCCCACGUGCCCCUCUCCCCGGUGGCGCCGUCUCUGGGCUCGGCCUCGCUCACCCAGCUGGGUCCGGCCGCCGCCCCCCCGGGCUCCCUGUCCCACUACGGCAACAUGAGCCAGUCCGUGAGCCAGCUGGGCUACCCGUCGGGCGCCUCCCUGACCCGCGGCGGGCCGAAGGAGAUCCCGCCCAAGCCGUACCGGCGCUCGCUGACCCACGCCAAGCCGCCGUACUCGUACAUCUCGCUCAUCACGAUGGCCAUCCAGCAGAGCGGCAGCAAGAUGCUGACCCUCAACGAGAUCUACCAGUGGAUCAUGGACUUGUUCCCGUACUACCGGGAGAACCAGCAGCGUUGGCAGAACUCCAUCCGCCACUCGUUGUCCUUCAACGACUGCUUCGUCAAGGUGGCCCGCUCGCCCGACAAACCGGGGAAAGGCUCCUACUGGACUCUGCACCCGCAGUCGGGUAACAUGUUCGAGAACGGCUGCUACCUGCGGCGCCAGAAACGCUUCAAAAUCGACGACAAGCUGACCAAGAAGGCGGGCAAAGACGGCGGCAAGGGGGGCGACGCCUCGGACGACCGCAGCCCGUCCGGGCCCGGCGGCUCGGACGAAGCCGACUCGGCCCACUCGGACAACUCCCACCCGGGUUCGUCCGACGACCAGACGCUGCCCCGCGGGACCGCCAACGACGGCCUGUUGGUGCCGCUCGACUGCGCCCCGCCGCCGCCGCCCGCCCUGCCGCCCGCCUCCUCCGCCGGCCUCUUCCACGCCCAGUCCUCCCACCUCCUCCCGGGCCCGAUGGGGCAGCACAUGGACCUGCAGAGCGACGCCCUCAAGUCGCUGGACCCCCACUACAACUUCAACCACCCUUUCUCCAUCACCAACCUCAUGUCCAACGAGCAGAAGAUGGACCUCAAGUCCUACCAGGACCAGGUGAUGGCGUACAACAGCUACGCCUCCGGCGGCUCGCCCGUGCCCGCCAAGCAGAUCUACGACAGUCCCGGACCGGGGACCAUGGACUCCGGCGCCUACUACCAGACGCUCUACAGCCGCUCCGUGCUCAACGCGUCCUAACUGAAAUGAACGCGGCACAAAAUGGAGGCUUCCCCGAGAAACUCUAAAAUGGCCGCCCUGUUCGGAAAGCCAUUCGAGCUCUCCUCCGGAUCUCGAACUUAAGGUCCACGUACUAGUAGCCUCUUUGUCCUCACUACUAAGAUAAUUCAGACCCCGCUAGAACAAUUUUCUUUCAAUUCCUAUAUUUCUGACCGGUUACAGCGUUGGCCUCACAGUUCUGAGGUGCCGGGUUCAAUCCCGGCCCUCUCGAGCGGAGUUUGCAAGUUCCCCCCGUGCCUGCGUGGCUUUAAUCGGACACUCGAAAUUGCCCCUGGGUGUGAUUGUGAGUGCGACCGUUCAUCUCUAUCUGCCCUGCGAUCGGCUGGCGACCAGUUCAGGGUCUACCCUGCCCCUUGCCUGCUGGGAUAGGCUCCGGCAAUCCCCGCGACCCUCGUGAGGAUAAGCGCCUAGCAAAAAUGGACGGAUGGGAGUUAAACGCAUUGUCGUGACGUGAAACCGAUCAAAUGAAGUACAUUGGACGCACACUAGCAGCCGUUUGAGCAUUUAUUCCUCAAGAGCCAACCUUGAGCUUGUUGUACUAGUACCCUGUGUCCUCAUUAGCAAGUCCCGGGUCGCUACUAGUAUCCAAUGACGCCUGGUAACCUACUGUGUUGCACUAGUAAUGUUACUCGGACCAACUGGUAGGCAUUUGUUCUUCACUAGUACCCCAUUUGUCCUAGAACCGUGUGCUAUAACUAACCAACAAAAUUCUACUAGUAGUCAACAUGUAGCACUUCACUCGUUGUCCGGCCGGCGAGGACAAAGACGGUACCGGAACGUGGACUUUGAGACGGAUACCGAGGAAGCGGCUCGGGCAUUUAUUUGAUAUCCGACUUCGCUUCCCGGCGCCAGCGCGUGGACCUCCGUCCGGAUCCGGAGGAUCGGCGAGGCGCGUUUUUGAAGGAGCAGAUUUUUCCUCUCGCCUCUUCGGAGACUCUCUGGUCACACGCGAUGACGACGACGACGACGAAGAUGGACUUUGUACAAAGUGUAAAUGGCGGCAAUGUGUGAGCGCGCGAGUGUGUCAAAGGGGUAUUUGCAUUUAUUUAUAAAGGGAAUAAAUUUUAAUAUAUCUUAUAUUCUGCUUUGUCCAAAGAGUUACAAAUGAAACGUGUGCUCGAGGUGUUACGUUCAACUUUUUACUCUUCAUGUUACACAAAAAAAAAAAAAAAAAAAAAGAUUGUCUGACACUUUUUGGGCUUUAUUCCGGGAUUAAUGAAUCAUCUGGAAUAGAAGAAUCACGCGGGGAAGGAAUGGGAGUUCUGGAAUGAGGAAUGUUAUUCUGAUUGAGAGUGGGAAUAUUUUGGAAAUAUGGAAACGUUCUGGAAGAAGGGACUUUUUGGGAAUAAAAAUGUGUGCCGCAAUUUGGGGGAUGUUCUGACGAUGUUCUCGCAAGGGGAGAACCGAGAAUUGCAACGUUCAGAAUGUUCAUUUUGUGGAAAGAUUCUGGAAUAGUCAUAUUCCAGAUUAAAUGAGUAUUCCGGAAUUUCAAAAAAAAAUUGUUACGGCUCAAGAAUGCUCUUCUAAAUCCAAAUACUAGAAAAGGAAUAUUCCGGAAUAAGGGAGGUUGCUAUGUGAAUCUUCUGCAAUAGCAUUGUUCCAGAAUCAAUGAUGAUUCCGGAAUAAAAAAAAAUGUUAUGGUUCAAGAAUCCUCUUCUAAAUCCAAAUACUAGAAAAGGAAUAUUCCGGAAUAAGGGAGGUUGCCAUGUGAAUCUUCUGCAAUAGUAUUGUUCCAGAAUCAAUGAUGAUUCCGGAAUAAAAAAAAAUGUUAUGGUUCAAGAAUCCUCUUGAAAAUCCAAAUAGUAGAAAAGGAAUGUUCUGGAAUAAGGGAGGUUGCCAUGUGAAUCUGAUGGAAUAGUAUUGUUCCAGAAUGAAUGAAGAUUCCGGAAUCAAAAAAAAAAAAAAAAGGUUCAGGUCUGGCUAAAGAAACAUUCUGAUCAAAAAGGAAUAUUCUGGAAUAGGGAGUAUUUGAGAAUAAGAAAGUUUGGGAAGACGAGCAAACGUUUGGGGGAAGAAGGCAAAGCAAACUGUGGUAAAGACGUUUUUCUUUUCCCCUUGUUACCUGUAAGAGCGGCUGGGCUGGGACCGGACCGGACCGGACCGGACCCUCCGUGCGAAGCGCCGGUUACUAAAACACGAGGCCAGGAGAGAUGCACUACGGGACAUUGGCAUCCAUAACUUUUGCACUACGGCGCUCCCGAUGGCCUGGUGGGCUGCGUCCGUCCGUCCGUUCGUUCGUUCGUUCGUUCGCAUUCCAAAUGUGUGGGUGGUCUCUCUGACUUCCCAUUGCGGUCCAAAACUCUUCCCCCCCCCCCCCUUCCCACACGCCGAUUCGUCCGAAUGAUGUGAAGGAUGCCAAAAAUGAAGGUCACAUGACAUCGGAAGAGAAAAUGUCCUAUUUAAAGUUACGGGCUCUCUCUCUUUUUUUUUUCUCUCUCUCUCUUUCUCCUUUUUUAAAAAUUGUGUGUCGCUAUGAUAUUGUGCCUGUGCUUCUUUCGCAAUGUGACGGCCAUCGUUUGCGUUUGUUAAUAAAAAAUAAAAACAAAAAAAAAAAAAAAGGUUGAAAUGGGGCAAAAGGCCGCGUCGCGUCUUUUUCGGGACAUUUUGACGUUCCAGGGAGUCCUCGGUCCACGGCCGAGAUCCGUUCCUACGGUAGCGACUCGAGUCGGAUUCCGCCGUUCGAGUCAGAAUUCACAAAUGUGUUGGGCGGCUAAAGUGCCAUUUUGGAUCAUCUUCUAGUUAGUAAUUAACGCGGACUCAAUAUGCUAAAAAUGCACAUUUGGCUGACAAACUAAAGCACGGGUGUCAAACUCAAGGCCCGGGGGCCAAAUGUGGCCCGCCACAUGAUUU